AUGGAGAAACCACCUCCUAAUGAGCUUCUGAAGAAGUUACUAGAGCUAGAGCAAAGCCACGAGCAUCUAAAGCAGGAGAUGUCUAGGCUCAAGGUAUCUACGGAGCUUACUCAACAAUCGCAUUCUGUGUCGCCGUAUCAGCCUGCGAGGAGAAACAUCGGCGAGGGAGCUCCAGCGAGGAGGAAGAGCGUCCCCGCCGCGUUUCAGAAGCAGAAACGUAUCCAAGAUUCAAUCAACUUGAGAGAUGGAGUAGGUGGAAUAGGAAGAAGAUCAUCGGCUGGAAAGUUCACAAAUAGACAGUACUUUAAUAUCCUGCAGUCGAUUUCACAAUCUGUUCAUGUCUUCGAUCUAAAUAUGCAAAUAAUCUUUUGGAAUGCCAUGUCUGAAAAGAUUUAUGGGUACACAGCUGAAGAAGUAGUUGGGAAGAACCCAGUUGAUGUAAUGGUGGAUGAACGAGAUGCUCCUUUUGCUAUGGGUGUUGCUCAACGUUGUGUCAGUGGAGAGAGCUGGACCGGCGAGUUUCCUCUGAAGAGCAAAUCAGGGGAGAGAAUUUUAGCUGUCUGUACGUGUUCUCCCUUCUACGAUGAUGACGGUUCUCUGGUUGGUAUCGUUUCUAUCACAGGUAACACUGAACCUUAUCUGCACCCGAGAGUCCCUUUGGCUACAUUAAAGGCAAAAGAAGAUGAAGGGAGCUCUAGCACUGGAAGGAAUGGUUUUGCGUCUAGACUUGGUUUUGGAGCCAAAGGAGCUGGCCUUGACUCUCAUCAGCCUAUACAAACUGUUAUAGCAUCAAAGAUAUCAUUUUUGGCAUCCAAGGUGAGCAACAAGGUCAAGUCGAAAAUGCGAGUAGGUGACAGUGGUGCCACACUCUCUGAAGGGGUCUGCGGUGCUACUCUCUCUCACAACAGUGACAAUGCAUCAUCAAGUGGUGUUAGCAUACAAAGAGGGGAUCUCAUCUACCCUCCUUUUGGUGUAUUCUCAUGUGAUGAGAGUGAUGGAAAUGCUGCAGCCCCUAAGAUUCUCACCUCAAAGGCUGAGCACGAAGUUUCAAAAGGAAGGGCAGGUGAUUCUGGAUGGCCUUGGUUACAGAAUGAACAAGGGAAAGAUAAGUCUAACCAGAUUAGUCCACUUUGUGAUGUUAACUCUGGAAGCGAUUCCUCUGAUAGUAGUAAGCAAGACAACAACGAGGCUUCUAGUAUGUGGUCUUCCUCUGUAAACGCGAACAGCACUAGUACCUGUGGAAAUGCCAGCAGCAGUGGUAUGAGCAAUAAUGGUGAUACUGAUAGUGAUUGCCUGGAAUAUGAAAUUCUAUGGGAUGAUUUGACCAUCGGAGAAGAUAUCGGAAGAGGUUCAUGCGGAACUGUCUAUCACGGUCUCUGGUUUGGAUCUGAUGUAGCUGUAAAAGUGUUCUCCAAACAAGAAUAUUCAAAAGAGGUUAUGCAAUCUUUUAGACAAGAGGUGUCGCUGAUGAGAAGACUUAGACAUCCUAAUGUACUGCUGUUUAUGGGAGCUGUGACUUCACCUCCGCGCCUCUGUAUAGUAUCAGAGCUCCUUCCACGUGGAAGUCUCUUCCUUCUACUACGAAGGAGCACAACAAAACUGGACUGGAGGCGGCGUAUUAAUAUGGCCUUGGACAUUGCUCGCGGUAUGAACUAUCUUCACUGCUGUAGUCCACCCAUCGUCCAUCGUGAUCUCAAGUCGUCAAAUCUGCUGGUAGACAAGAACUGGACUGUUAAGGUAGCUGACUUUGGUCUUUCGCGUAUCAAACAUGAAACAUACCUAACUUCCAAGUCCGGGAAGGGAACGCCUCAAUGGAUGGCACCAGAAGUUCUUCUAAAUGAGUCUGCCGAUGAGAAGUCUGAUAUUUAUAGCUUUGGAGUAGUACUCUGGGAGCUUGCCACAGGGAAGAUCCCAUGGGAAACUCUCAACUCCAUGCAGGUGAUAGGAGCUGUGGGGUUCAUGAACCAGAGGCUGGAGAUUCCAAAGGACAUUGAUCCUCGUUGGAUCUCUUUAAUACAGAGCUGUUGGCACAGCGAUACGAAGCUGAGACCCACAUUCCAAGAACUGAUGGAGGAACUGAAAGACAUGCAAAGAAAGUAUACAAUACAGUUCCGAGGACAGCUAAAACAAAACAUCCUAAACGCACCGCUUCAAGGCAAAGAGUCUGAUGGAGAGAAGAGACAGAAGAGUGCUUCAGAAGUUCAGUGUGUCAGUGUGAAGCACAUGGAAUACGCAGUCAAAGUAGAGACGUACACACACUCUAAAGCCAACAACCUCGUACUCCAGAAGAGACUGGAGCAGUCAUGA